GCAGAAAGUGGUAAGAAGACCGGCGUUUCAACUCAAGCUGAAGUUACACAUACCUAACUCUAAACUACACCUAUACUUGAGAGUCCAGGUUACCUAAUCCCCCUUUUUAGUUUCCUUCUCAACCUCGUAACAUUGAAGUCUUAUAGCCUACUUGCAUAGGUACCUACCUAUUAUAUCAUUCCGAAGUCUCACUACCGUCCUACCAAAAUCGAACAAACAUGGCGUCUCUAGAAACGGUGGAGUCCUUCGUAGAAGGCGCACCGCCAGGCGAGCUUGCCGACGUGAUCAACGACAUCAAAGCCCUCACCAUCAACGAGCCCGAGCUCGUCUCCCAGCUAGGCCCCGCCUUCGAGCGCUACAACGAGGACCAGUUCGUCACCGCGAAGCUGCCCGGGAGUGCCCAGCAGGUCGUUAUCAGCGAGCACAGCUCUCUCGGCAACGGUCGCUACUACGACGUCGAAAGUUCCUCCAGCUUCGAUUUCGACCACACCACCCUAAAAGCGAGUAACGUGCAAAGCCACGUGCUAGAAGGACCCCAGGCCGAGUUGGUGAAAUCUACGCUGAAAAGCUUAUCCGCAUACGUCAAGGAGCAUUUCCCAAAUGCCUCGUACGGCGCGUAUCCCAUCGAGAACGACACCAAGAUAGCCAUCAUCAUCGUCGCCAACAAGUAUAGUCCUAACAACUUCUGGAACGGCCGUUGGCGUUCCCUCUACAUUUACGACCCCGCUUCGAGCCACCUUACGGGCAGCAUCAGGGUUGACGUGCACUACUACGAAGAUGGCAACGUGCGCCUCCUCACCAACAAGCCCGUCUCCACGUCCUCAUCCUCCGGCACCGGCGCCGGCAUCUCCAAGGACAUCUCCGCCGCCGAGAAGAAGUACCAGGAGGAGCUGAACCGGGGGUUUACGAGUCUCAGCGAGGGCGCCUUCAAGGGCCUACGCCGACAACUGCCCGUCACGCGGCAAAAGAUCGAGUGGGACAAGGUCGCGAGUUACCGCGUGGGACAGGACAUUGGCGGCUCGAGGAGAUAAGCUGGUGCUUAGUUUUAGAGGGGGGAUAAAAAAAGGGGAGGAGGCAAGGAGGUCAUUUAUUAGAUGUUGCUUUUGAGAGGGGGUGCUAGAAUUGGCAAGCCUUCAUACAUAUGAUAUUCUAGCCUAGAGGAUGUCCGGUGGUGAUGGUGAUGAAAAAAACGAAUGAAGAGUUUGUUUUUCAGAACUCUCUAUAUACAUAUUAUAUAAAUGUUCCUAGGUCGUCACGUAGGUACUAAUAAAACAUACCAACGAUUCAAGCUUAUCG